AUGGGCUCCGGCACCUCCAAGCUCGAGAAGAACGAGGGAUUGGCCCUCUGCAAGCUGCGCAUGCGCUUCAUCAAGCAAGCGACUGAGCGGAGGUACGCGCUGUCGGCAGCCCACCUCGUCUACCUCCAGUCUCUGCGCAGCCUCGGAAUGGCCCUCCGUCGUCUGGCAGAGGCGGAAGCUUUGAUGGGACCGUCGUCGCCCACCUCUUCUGCUUCCCCUUCUCCCUCGCAGUUCCAAUGUGGAAGCUCCCCGUCCCCAAGUCUACCCAUGACGAGCUGCGUGAGAGCUACAGCUACGGCGGCUAUGGCGGACCCGCCAGAUCCCCACACGAAUCGCCCUGUUGAGCAGGGAGCUCUUCCUGGUCCUGCGGCCCCGCCGUCUGAGGCCUCAUCGUCAUGGGACUUCUUCGAUCCCGCUGAAAACGGCGGGGACUUCGCGAACGGUCAGCCAUUACAGAGUGCCUUACGGGCGGAGAAGGAUGGCUCAGAGGGCAGAAGGAGAACUGCCGCUCCCUCGAUCUCGGAAAAAGGGAAGAACCCUAAAUCCAGUGAUUGCCCUAGCUUGAAGAGAUUCCCGGGGAAUGCAGUGGAACCUGUUGAGCAUAAUCUGAAUGGAUCAUCAGAAAAUUCAUGCAGUAUUACUACACCAUUGGAUCAAGGUGAUGAUCGCGGCUCUGCAAGGAAAGAUGAUUCUGAAUUGGGCACCCACAAGGCAGAACCUUUCCUUUCAAGUGUGAAAGCCAUAGAACACCUCUUCGUCCAGGCUGCAGAGCAUGGUGGCGAGGUCUCCCGGAUGUUGGAGGUCAACAAGGUCUGGCUCAGCAGAUCUUCUCAGGAGAAAGGUCCACAUUUAAGCUCGUUUGACAACGUAUUUUACCCUGUGGAAAAUACUUUCUUCUCCGCAUGCUUCUUACUGGUUUUUGGGACUCGCAGCAAGAUCAUCUCCUUCGGUGCUUCUCUCAACCUGCCCUGUAGCUUGCUGUAAGAAGGGCGCACUCCUUGGCCAUGGUAGGUUCCUGUCCGAAAACCCAUGUUAUUCCUCCUAUAAUAAAUAACAUAGUUUGCAUCUUCAUCCUUAUUCGUAGACAAACAUUUUAUUUAAAUGAUCUUGAGUUAAAAUAUGUGUAUAGAACCUGUCCAGCAUGCGCCGAGGGUCAUCACACGGAAUCACUUGACAUCAUCUCCAUCAUCCUCAUCAUCGAAUAAUCCCCUGGGAUCAGCAUCCAAAGACAAUGCCAGUGAUUUCAUCGACGAAUAUUCCAUGAUCUCGGGGAACCAUUCCUCUACCCUGGAGAGAUUAUACGCAUGGGAGAGGAAACUUCACGACGAAGUUGAGGUAUUUAAGCUUCCCCACUUGCUGCAUGGUUUUUUUUCUCUCGUAAUUUUCACUAUCAACCCAUUUUCUUCAAUGUUUUUCGCCAAUUUGAUUCAUUUUUUGUAGGGUUUUUGUCGUUUUUAACGUUGGGAUAACAUAUGAUUGUCAUCCUCCGCUCUCCCAUCCGUGAGCAAACUUUUUGGUGCUUAUUACGUUUUUUGUUUUUGUUUUUCUUAAUCCACAGGCCAGUGAAUUGAUCAGAGGGGCGUAUGAUCGGAAGUGCGACCAGCUCAAGCGUGAGUUUUCCAGGGGCCUCAAUGCCCGAGUGAUUGAUGGAACUCGAGCUGUGGCAAAGGAUCUCCAUUCUCAAGUCAGGGUUGCCAUCCAUGCUGUCAAUUCAAUAUCUAAGCGAAUCGAGAAGCUGAGAGAUGAAGAGCUGCAGCUGCAGCUGCUGGAGUUAGUCAACGGGUGGGGUGAUUCCUGAGUUUUUCUAGCCACUGAGUCAUCUCCAUUCACUACCAUUUCAGAAAUGAUAUAUUAUCGGAUCUUGUUUUGAAUUAUUUCUGAUUCCAAAGUUGAUAAAUGGUAAAUCUAUUGCCAUUUCCGAGAUUGUUUACCGAUUGACAUUGCUUUCCACUGUUGCUGAUAUCUACCGUGGGUCCUUAUUUUGGAUUAUUUCUCUGAUUUAUGCCGUAUAGACCUGUCUGACUCCAGAUUGGGAAACUGUGAAUCUAUUUGCCAUUUUGAGAAACUAUUCACUGAUGGGCAUUGUUUUGAAUCAUGUCUUCAACUUUCCCAUCUCUCUCCAGGUCGAGCAGGAUGUGGAAUUCAAUGUUGGAGUGCCAUCGCUCUCAGCACUGCAAGAUCUCGUCGGACCACCCUCUGAAGAAUUCAAAUGCUUCGUCAGAAUCUGAACCCUACAGGAGCGCUCUGACCCAUCUUCUGAGUGAGGUCAACUUCUUCAAAUCCAGCUUGGAGAAGUGGGUCAACGCCCAAGAGGCCUAUGUGGGAGCGCUCAACGGCUGGCUUCAGAGUUCCAUCCUGCCACCCCAACAGCGCUUCAGAGGGAGAAGGCCUGCUGUGUUCUCCCCCCGCCGGGCCCUGGCACCGCCCAUCUUCGUCCUCUGCCGAGACUGGCUGGCCGCAAUCAUAUCUUUGCCGCUUAAGGAGGUCUCCGACGCCAUCGACACCCUGAUUUCAGAUUCUAACGGGUUCAUCGACCAACAGGCUGAAGAGAUCCGACCCACUUCGAAACCGAGGCGAUCAAGAACUGGGGAAGCCGAGAUUCCCAAGAAGGAGAUCCCAAGCUUGGGUUUUCUCCAGCCAAGAUUGACCAGAAUCUUUGACUUGCUCACAAAAUUUGCCGAAGAAUCGAAGAAGAUCUACGAGGAUAUUAAGCAGGCUAGUGAGGCAGCUGGAGCUGCAUAUGUUAAUGGCAGGACGAGGUUUGUGGCUUGA